CACACGCACGUAACGCCCUGACGUCUGCUUAACGUAGUGCGGGCGGAAGUUUUUUUGGAUUUAGAAUCAAGAUGGCGACCGAGGGGAACGAAGUGGAAGAGAGGGAGCAGGUAUCUUCAGAGGACGAGGAGCCGUCAACUUCGGCGGAAGAUCUGGCUGCGCAGAAACGGGAGGAGCGCUUAAGAAAAUUCAGAGAACUGCACCUGAAAAGGAAUGAAGCCCGAAAACUGAAUCACCAGGAAGUGGUGGAGGAGGACAAGAGGCAGAAGUUACCCAGCAACUGGGAGGCUCGGAAAGCUCGACUGGAGUGGGAGCUGAAGGAGGAGGAACGGAAGAAGGAAUGUGCCGCUAAUGGGGUGGAUUACAAGAGAGCGAAACUACUGGAGAUCAGCGCAGACGAGGCCGACAGGUGGGAGAGGAAGAAGAAGAAAAAGCACCCAGAUAUAGGAUUCUCAGAUUAUGCAGCUGCACAACUGCGACAGUACCAGAGACUGACGAGACAGAUCAAACCAGACAUGGAGGAGUAUGAGAAGGAGCGAGACAAACAUGGUGAAAGCUUCUACCCGACAUCUGACACACUCUACCAUGGAACACAUGUCCCAUCCAAGGAUGGCAUUGACAGGAUGGUCACCGACCUGGAGAAACAGAUUGAAAAGCGCGAGAAAUACAGUCGCCGCCGGGCGUACAACGACGACGCUGAUAUCGAUUACAUCAAUGAGAGGAACGCGAAGUUCAACAAGAAGGCGGAGAGGUUUUAUGGGAAGUACACGGCCGAGAUCAAACAGAACCUGGAGAGAGGCACCGCCGUCUAGGGGCUCGUCGCUGGCCUGCAGCUCUCCGGGGUUUCCCCUUAAGACGUCUUGGGGUCUGCGUCUUGUCUUAUAUAUUUUCUUUACUGGUUUGCUUUGUACAUACGGAAAUGACUGUCCAUAAUAAAAUGUAUUCCUGGUGAA